ACCGAUAGCGGUCGCAAGAUCGCGGCCGCAACUGUACAGAACCGUACUCAGACGCCGUUUUGGCGAUGGGUGCGCAAUAAGCUGCUCGCUGUAGAUAGGUUACCGAUCACGCCGCCUCCAGGCUUCCAACAGCUGACGGAAAGGGAUGGUCGUCGAGAGGUGAAGCCACCGAAACCACUCUAUUUAUCGGAUGGACAUCAUGCACAGUUCGGAACACACACUGGUGAAGUCCUCGCACAACACGAUGCAGUUCAAGUGAACAAAGGACCAUCUGCGAAUUUUGGUUCUACCAGCGCCUACACCGGACACAGAAGGAAGAUCGGGAACUUGCUCGUCUUGAACCUCCUCAACAUGCGUGCCUCCGCAGUUUCUAUGAGCAAGCACUUCGGAGCGCUCGGAAAGAUGUAUGGUGAAUACCGAUUCGCUCUGGCGCCGAACGAGCAAAAGGCGUUCAAGGGAUUCCUGGACCAAGCUGUUGUAAAGGUUUUCAAGAAUUAUGUUUGGUAUGAGUGGCCGUACUACCUACCACAAUGUAUUGGCGCCUAUCUGCUUUACGAUUGGGCCAAGAAGAAGAACUAUCAGGUUGGCCGGAAGAACCCAGCCGACUACGCCAAUGAUCAGUAA